UCUUCAUUCCUUACUCUCUCUCUUUCUCCCUCCUAAAUUCCCUUAGCCCAGAAAUUGUUCUAAAUCAUCAAAAAAAAAUGGAGGUUUACAAUUAUAGAUCGAGGAAGGUGGAAGAAGAAGUAGCAAUCGAAGAGGCGGCAUCAGCUGGGGUGAAAUCCAUGGAACAUUUCCUGCGCCUCUUAACACAACAACCUCAACAACAACAACAACAACAGGAAUUCGAGUGUAGAGAAGCUACCGAAGCUACCGUUGGUAAGUUUAAGAGACUCAUCUCUGUCCUUAAUCGUACUGGUCAUGCUCGUUUUCGCCGUGCUCCUACUCUUUCUCUCUCCUCUGAUUCCUCCAACUCCUCUGACUCUCCUCCUUCUUCUACCUUCCAAUUCACCAAACCUUCUACUCCUACACCUAAUCUCACUCCUACUCCUACUCCUACUCCACCACCUGUUUGUCAACUACAACAGCCAGAAAAACCCAUUCCCUUGAGGGUCAUUCGUCACCACCCUGUUACUCUAGAUUUCUCCAAACCUAACCCGAACCCAAACCCAAACCCGAAACAGUGUGGAUCGGUUUCGAAAUCGGCGUCGUUUAGCAUAUCAUCGUCGGCGAAUUCGUCGUCGUUUUUGUCUUCAAUAACCGGAGAAGAAACUGUGUCAAAUGGUAAGCAGUUCGGAAGCGGUGCUCGAUCUAUGUUUGUACCACCUUCGUCAUCUGGAAAGCCUCCGCUUUCCACCUCAUCGUGUUCUCAUCAUAACAAGAGCUGCCAUCAUCAUCGCCACCAACACAAUGAAUUUUCCGAUGAGAUUUCCGGUAAAGCAUGCGGGUCAACUCGGUGUCACUGCUCGUCAAAGCGUAAGAAGUUGAGGGUGAAAAAGACAAUGAGAGUUCCGGCGAUUAGUUCUAAAACCGCCGAUAUUCCUUCCGAUGAUUACUCUUGGAGAAAAUACGGCCAGAAACCCGUCAAAGGAUCUCCUUACCCACGGGGAUAUUACAAGUGCAGUACAGUAAGAGGAUGUCCGGCGAGGAAGCAUGUAGAAAGGGCAACAGAUGAUCCGACGAUGUUGAUUGUAACUUACGAAGGAGAACACCGUCAUUCUCCUACACCCGCAACACAGGAUAAUAGCUCACAUCAUCACAACUUGCCGCUGGUCCCCACCACCGCUGCACCGGCAUGGUUUCAGGCUCAUCACCCUAUUUUGACUUUGUCUGAUUAAUUAAUAAAGAAAAAGGAAUUUAAUUGAUUUAAAAUUUGUUGUAGUAGUGGAUGUGUAAAUUACUGCUAUGACCAAUGAGGUUAGGUUCUGUGAUAUAGUCAGUGUAGGGGUAAAAUUGGGAUAGGACAGUGAGGGUAUUGAUGUAAAUUUGGUAAAAGACAAAAAAGAGAGACGUGAAAUGAGGAGUGUGGUGGGGUUAGGUUAGUAGGUGGAAAUUGGUCAAUUGAUUCUCAGUAAUUGUAAUUGUAAUGGUGGGGGAUGUUAUUAAAUGCUAAGUUUGACUUUUUUGUUCUCAUCU